AUGGCAGACGUCCCCCUUCAAGUCGUUUCGGAAAAUUCGGUGUCGGAACGCCGCAUCACCCCGUCAUGGACAAUCGGUCAGCUCAAAGCUCGUCUAGAGCCCAUCACCGGCGUUCCCCCCUUGUCACAGAAGCUCAGCCUCAAGGUCAAGGGGCAAGACAAAAUCGCCAUUGAGGCGGUCGACGAGGAGAAUACGAGACUUGACAGGUUUACACUCACGCCAUAUGCCGAACUUCACGUCGAUGAUCUCCGCCCUCCAGGCGCUAGGGAGAACUACACGGAUGUCUCGGGCGUGGACAAGUACGUCAUGCCGGAGGAUGAGUAUGAGAAGAAGACGGACUCAGUGCUGGCCUGGAAGAAGAACCAGAAGCUAGGAAGGUUCGACCCCAACGCCCCGGACCAUGAGCAGGCCAAACUGGAUGCCCUGGCGAGGGAGGUGGCCCAGCGGGACAUCGCCGUGGGCAAGAGGUGUCGCGUCGGUGCCAACGACGACAGGAGAGGCGAGGUCAGGUACGUCGGUGAGGUCAAGGAGAUCCCUGGGGGCGCGGGACCCUGGAUUGGCGUGCAGCUCGACGAGCCUGUCGGCAAGAAUGACGGGUCCAUCGCGGGGACGAGAUAUUGGGGUCAGGAGUCGACACUGAAACACGGCGUGUUUGUCCGUCCUGAUCGUGUCGAGGUGGGCGAUUUCCCGGCCAUCAAUGACCUCGAGGAUAUGGAGGAGAUCUGA